AUGGCAUGUCUGUUCUUGCCAACCUCGUUGCUUCUCAUCCCCGUCGCAGAGAUCGAGCGACAGUACGUCCACAAAAUGCUCCGCGAUCUACCUCUAGAAAUACUCACCCUGAUCUUCGAAGAUUUCGCACUGAAACCAUUGGAUGGAGACCUUGUGGAAGUAUGGCUCCAGGCUGGCACUUUGGAGCAUAUACUUACCGAUCACGUCCCUGAAGACAAGGACGAAGAGAGCUUUCCUACUAGUCCGUUCCUGGAGAUGAAACAUUUGGCAAAACUGGACAUUACAGCUCAGGAACGGGAGUCAUGGUUCUAUGCGCUGUCAGAUAUCCAAGAGGAUGCUGAUGUCGCCCUCUUGUUCACUUUGAUCACCCAUGUCGAGCACAUGGAGUUAGUGAUGCCGAAUUACGACUCUGAGGACUUCGCACGGCCUACUUCACCACCAAGUUUCAUAAAGACUCUGUCCUACCUUCGACAUCUGACUUCAGUACAUGUGUACCCACACUGGAACGACGAAUAUUUUUAUGAAUUGGACAACUUUGGUCUUGACCAUUAUCAGGGCUAUCCACUGUCUAUCGUUCUCCCUCUAUUAAGUCUGCAUUUCCUCUAUGCGGCAAGAUUCGAAUGGCCGUUUGAGGUGUACAUCCAAGAACAAGAUGGAUACACAUCCACACAGUCUUUCUCCACGACUCUCAAGAGCCUCCAAUCACACUCGUGCGCCGUUCAUCCUCGAAUCUUGGAGAAUCUGCUUAGCCGUUGCACUGUUCUGAAGACCCUUGGCUAUGAUAUACCAAAAUCAGACUGGAACUUACAGCACAUCAAGAAAAUCAUAUACUCACAUCACCACAGCUUGGAGAGUCUGAGCAUGAAACGCGACAUCUGGCAUGAGUGGGGCGUGAGCACCGAGCCUCGCGGUCUCACACUCAAAAACUCACCUUCUGCAUGCGCGCAAGCCUCUGGAUUUUUACAUAACUACGCUUCCCUCACGACCCUUGAUAGCAACGAGAGACUACUGCACAAACUCACUCCUGGCAUUAUGUCUCAAGACUUCCUCUCUAACCAACUGCAGCAUCUCCGUAUAUCCUUAUGCAGUGAUGGCAUUAUGCUACCACUCGAAAAGCUGCUACAGCAAGACUCAGAACUAAUCCGACAGCUAAAGUCCGUCAUGAUUGAUGACUGGGAGGCAGCGUACUAUUCAAAAUCAGCAGAACACAAUGAUAGGGUAAGACGUGACAGCAGUACUAGGGAGCAAGAAAGUGCGGACAGGAUGAAGAAAUUGGGUGGUGAGUUUACUACCGCAGGGAUCAAGUUUCCUGUGGAUCAUUACGAGAAGGUCGUAAGGCUAAUUGAACGUAUGCGGAGUUGUGAACAAGUGUCAGAGGCUCACUUCAGCUAUACUCGCAUCUCUCAUUCUCUCUUUCACCUUCAUGAUGCACUCUUUUCCUUGCUGUGUAAUCAAAAACUUCACAACAUGCAGCGAUCUCAACAUCUCUCCCAGCGUCGUCGAGAGCGUGAUAUCAUGCUUAUCGUGAUCGAUCCUCAAUAUCGAGAUCAUACAGGCGCUUCUUGUGUAGAGACAGUACCCGAGAAGGUCAAUAAGGAUUACUCGAAUCAUCGGCCAGAAGACACCUCAACCACACCAUCGUCGAGAAAUGGUCCGCCUCUGACCUCCUAG